AUGAGCCCGGGCCCUGACGAAACCGCCAACAUCACACUCAAUACCCAGCAGUUCCAGCAGCAAAAGGAGGGGUUGCUUCGCUGGUGCCUCUUCAGGAAAGAGCUGCCGCCAACUCCUCCCGAACGGGAGCAGCCUCCUCCGCCUCCUAGACCUCCCAAAGUCACGGUCGAGGACGAGGAGCCACCUGACGCUCUCGACACUCUAACGCAGCCACUCCAGUCCCAGCCGCCCUCGGAUCAUUAUGCGGCUUUUGACCCAGAUCAUUUGCGAAUGCCGGGCGCUUUGACAAUCACGCCUCCAAUCAAGACGGUGACGAGUGCCGGAACCGAUGCCUUCUCGGCGUGGGUCACAGAAGAAAAUCGCCGGGCCUUCGAAUUGCCUGCCGGGCCUCUCACGCCGGGUGAUACGCCUCCCGCCCACUCUCAGCGCUUCGCCCCUGUUGGUCCUCGAAUAAUGCACUCGCAACCAAAAAGCCGAAGUCAGGUGCCAACACCGGCGCGACAACGAUCAUAUACCUCAUAUGAUCCGCGAGAGGCUUUCUGCGCGCAGUCGAGAGAAAGGGUGCUCGGCCCACGGCACCCAUGGGAAAGAGCAGCCAACACUGCAAUGCCACGAAGAGUAUGCUCAAUACCACGGAAGCCGGUUGCCGCUGAAUAUACGGCAAUGCCCCAUCUCGCCCCUCAUGGGCCCGAUGACAUUGUGAGGUCGCCGAUUGACGUCGACUACCAACCUCCACCGCCGCCCCCACCACACAGGUAUGAGGCCGGUCGCCCUUAUCACCAUGGAGAGUGGAUCGCUUCGUCCCGGCCUCCUCUGGACACCCCUCCCCAUUCCUCAAUUAGUGUACCGGCUGCACCUUUGAUUGCGCCCAUUCCUGUCGCCCCAGCACUGAAUCCACCGCCGCCAGAGCGCGCGCCCGACACGCACCAUCGCGCCACGCAGACGCGUGCCACUGUCGCAGGCGCGUUCAAACGACACCCAAUCCAGCCAUCGUUCGAGACUCCCUCGGUACGGGCGCAGACACGACUGAACGGCACUGGGGUACAACGGCUUGUCAUCACGACAGGGAAACCACGGCAAACAAAUAGUGACAGUUCCCCGACAGCAACAGCUGGCACCCAAACCGCAACCUCAAGCGGGACCGCCAACGAGGCACAGCAAAUCAAAACCUCAACCCAGAGCCUUCCGUCACGAGCAGAAGAUUCUUCUGAGAAGAUCAAGAAGUCCACGCCGACAGCUACAAUCCCGUCUCCUGCGAAGGAGCCGAAACCUGCUACCGCCAAAUCAAUACGUAAGAAGCUCACCAAGCCAUUCCCGACGUCGAAGAUUGGCGCCGCGAAGCCUCCGACAGCGGAGAAGAGUAUCCCCAUGACGACGCCUGCCGCAGCACCUGCGCCUCCACCUACAUCUACACCCAAGCCAUCGUCAGUACGCGUACGUGCGCCGCCAGCAGCUCCCACGGUGGCCAUCAAAUCAGCCGCCAAUACCGCCAGCAAAGCCGCCAACAAGCCGGCCACGACUGUCGCCGCCGUCAACGGCGCCUCAUUGGCCAGCCGACGGGCCGGCGCGCUCGCCGCGCUGCGCGCGCAGCAUGCUUAUCAUUGCAGCCCAAGCAAGCACGCAACAACAGACACAAUGGCUCAGAAGGCGGCGCAAGGCGCGGCAAGGCUGGCAGAAACGCCAAAAGGAAGGGUGGAAAUGGCGGCACCGACGAAGGAGGAGGAUGCACCCCUGAUUGCGGUGCGGUUGUCGAAGCAUACGGUGGUGAGGGUGGUGCAAGGAUUGGCAUUUUUAUGGGCGGUCAUGGCGGGGUGGCACAUGCUGGGCGCGGUGUGGAAAGGAUUGGUAGCGGUGAUGUGGCCGUUUUGGUUGAUGUAUAGGGUGAUUGCAAUGGUGGGCGGGUGCGUAAGGGGCGGUGGGUGGGGUGGCUGA